AUGUCACAAAAGCAGACACCUCGAGACUUUCUUAAAAUGAUCAUCGGCCGACCUGUGGUUGUCAAACUGAAUUCCGGUGCUGAUUACCGUGGUGUUUUAAUUUCUCUCGAUGGUUACAUGAAUGUUGUUUUGGAACAAACAGAAGAGUAUGUAGAAGGUCAGCUAAAGAACAAGUACGGCGAAGCUUUUAUACGCGGAAAUAAUGGUAUGGUAAUAGCUUACAAAAUUAUACCACCUUUUAGUUCUUUAUAUCAGUACCCAAAAACGCGGAGGUCUGAAGUAAUUGCUACGCAGUUUGCUUAUCGGUUUUGUAAAUAUAUAUAUUUUUUAAUUAUAAGCCUUUUACUUAUGUUUUGGUAG